UAUAAUAGAAAUAUUUGAGUUACUCAGAUUUACUUCAUUUUUUACUUACAUUUACUCAAUUUAAACAGUAUAUUUCAUUGAUUUCACAGCUUUAAAAUUUUAAUUGUUUCACCAAAUAAAAUCAGUAAAUCACAGUUAAACUUUAGAGUGUAGGAUUUUUUUUCAGUCGCCCUACAAUACCGCUCUCGAGCCAACAGAGGACGACGUGAGGCCACGAUAAAAGCAUCCUGAAGACGCAAGUUCAAUAUAUGCGCUCAUAUGAUCUCCUAUUUUGUGCUAUAACAUAACAUCAAGAUGUGCAUAGCAUUACAGGUAUAUGUGUACGAAAACUGCAGACAUCCAUAAGCCGUUGCAAAACCUUUUUUUCUUACAUGUAGGCCUACUAUAUAUUUACAUAUACGCAUUUGGCAGAUGUUCAUAUCCGGAUGCGACCACUACCGUGCAUUCAUGGUAUAGCUACACUUUGCAUCUGUACCUGUGUGAACCCAUGGCUGAUAACCGAAUAUAACCAGAGUCACUCAACUUAAAAAAAAACAAUAAACUCGUGCACCUCCAACUGGCAUUUUACAAGUUUCAUUCAAUAUUUCAACAUCAUUGCACAGGUCUGUGCGGUUGUUCUUAAGAUAUGUGUGUGGGUGCUAUGAGCUGUAAUUUGACCCUCUUCGGCAGUAUUCAUCGACAAGACAUCGUUCGAUAUAGUGAAACGUCACCAAGCCCCACCUCACUCACAGUUUCACAUUUGAUAAGUGACAUGAGGCUAAAUUUCCACAGAAAAUCUUUCUGCAAUACACGCCUGCGUCAUCACAUCUUCCCAAAUGAGAAUUUUAAACUAUUGAUUUUAUUUAUUUAUUCUUCGUUUAAAAGGCAAAACGUGAGCACAGAAUGAGAGGAGUUGUGACUGCUUGCUGUUUAAGUGUUCUUCUGUGUUUAGUGGCUGUGGUUGAAGGUGACGAAGACUACACUGAGGAUGAAGAGAUGAUAUUGUCUCUCAUUCUGCAGGAUGACAGUCAGCCUGAAGCAGACAGCGGACCCUCUGCCCAGUUUUACAGGUGCACUAAGGACGCAUGGCGCAUGCCAGGACAGUAUAUUGUGGUGAUGCGGAACGGAACGCACGUAAACCAGGUGGAGCGCACCGCGCGCAGACUCCGCGCAAAAGCGGCAAAACGCGGAUACCUGAUCGAAAUCACGCACAGCUAUUCUGGAGUAUUCAACGGAUUUCUAGUUAAGAUGAGCAGCGAUGUUCUUCACAUGGCAGUAAAGCUGCCUCAUGUGGAAUACAUAGAAGAGGAUUCCUCUAUCUUUGCUCAGAGCAUCCCCUGGAACCUGGAGCGCAUCACUCAAAACAAGCACGAGACUGGAAAAUACUCACCACCCAAUGAUGGUGCACAGGUGGGGGUAUUUCUCAUGGACACAAGUGUUCACUUAAGUCAUCGUGAGAUUGAGGGCAAAGUGAUGGUGACAGACUUCAACAGUGUGCCAGAGGAGGAUGGGGUCAGAGUUCACAGACAGGCUAGUCAGUGUGACAGUCAUGGCACACACAUAGCAGGCGUGGUAAGUGGGCGGGACUCAGGUGUGGCUCAGGGUACCAGUUUAAACAGCGUUCGAGUUUUGAACUGCCAAGGGAAGGGUACCGUGUCAGGAGCUUUGGCAGGUCUGGAGUACAUUCAGUCAUCACUGACGGCCCAGCCCAUCAGCCCUGUGAUUCUGCUGCUGCCGUUUGCAGGAGGAUUUAGUCGAACUCUCAACACCGCCUGCAGAAAAAUGGUCGAAUUUGGUGCUAUAGUUAUUGCUGCAGCUGGUAACUACAAAGAUGACGCUUGCCUAUAUUCACCAGCCUCUGAGCCUGAGGUGAUAACAGUUGGGGCUGUUAAUUUUGCUGAUCAGCCAGUGACCACAGGGACGACAGGCACUAACGUGGGCCGCUGUGUGGACGUGUUUGCACCUGGUGAUGACAUCAUCAGUGCGUCCAUUGACUGCCCCACCUGUUUCACCACCAAGAGUGGAACGUCACAGGCAGUGGCACACGUCGCUGGUUAGCUUACACAAACAACACACAUUAUAGAUAUGACAUCU